UCUUUGUGAAGAAUUAAAAUUUAAAUAUACAAUAAUAUACAAUCUCUUUUUUUUUCUAUAUCGUUUAAAUCCGCUACAUCUCCCUUUCUAUUUAUCUGCAAUUUAUAUUCAAAAUUCGCAGUAAAAGUUUCGCGUAAUUUCCACUUGGCGGAGUCACGUUUACAAAGACGAUUCGGUAAUACAUCUCGUAUCUUCGCGCAUUUCAUGCAUGAUGUAAUGCGAACAUAACCAAGGAAAAAAACUUGCGAAAAAUAUUUACAGUUUACGGAACGAGAUGUAACAGCACGCAUUAUUUCAAUGUUUAUCGUAUCUAUUCGGUGGAUUGUGCGACCUGAAAUGGAAAGUCACGCCGCGCGCCAAGUUGGAGCUAGCCGUAGUUUGAAUCGGGAAUCUGCUCCAAAAUCAGAUUUCUAGGAGGGACAAACAUGGCAAAUGAUGUAAUAAUCAGGGGCAAAGACAGGCUACAAGAGAUUAGUAUGAAAUUGGAGCAGAGUCAUUUGGUAUAUUUGCAGACGGAUGAUAGUCCAUUGAAACUACAACAACGACACAAAUUAGAAGGCUUUAUAAAGGAAUAUCUUUGCCUAGUACCCAAUGAGAAUAAAUAUGUGUUUCAAGAAACGGCAGAUAUUUUGCAUAGAUCAGCAGCGACAGUGACAGAUUUCAGUGGAUACAGAGCAGCUACUGCUUGGAGCGCAAUUUCCUUAUAUGCAGCUAAUCUUUUGGCACAGCCUUGGCGAAAAGAAUAUAGGACAGUGAGGACAUAUAGCGGUUAUUACAAGCACGAAGUGGAGGCGAAUCUAAUAGGUGCAGAGUUAAUGUUUGAGCAAAUGGGAUACAAGCAUACUGGUCUGGGUGUAUUGACUUUAGAUGGACCGAUUGAUCCAGAUAAAGUUUCAAAUGUUAGCAGGGAUGCUAUUGUAGCCUUUGUGGAAUGUCAGAUCUUGAAACAAAUAUGGGAAAGCGUGUCACAGAACUACACCAUCUCUUGGCUGGAAGUGUUGGAAUUUCGCGAAAAUCAUGUCGGUACGCCUGAGCAAGCCAUCCGAGCGCUAAAUUAUCGUUUCCUCGAGAAGGUGCAUCAGAAUCGGUGCGCGAAAAUCGAUAGUUACAAAGAUAUUUACUAUCCUCAGCAAACGAGUGUGGAAACUGUACCGUUGCCUCUUCCCUAUCAUCAUCCUGUCAUGCACGCCAAUUACAACACAACGAUGCCGUCAGUUUGUCAAACGGCAGACUAUCGGUGUAUCGAGGAUGCGACAAAUGUGGCAGUACCGGCCAAUUAUCGAUAUUACCAACCUAUCGAUCACGGUUUUGUCAAUUGUUGCAAUAGCUAUAGCUGCCUACCAUCUCACGGGAAUAAAUUCUACGGUAACGCUGCGCAAUCGAAUCCGUAUUGCGCCACGUUACCGGCAUACGCGGCCCGAGUACCGACCGGCAGAUUGAUUGAACUCGACGUGCCGACAUCCGUUGCGAAUUACGCGGACAAGUCACACGCUCUCCGCAAACCUACGUCCCAUCGGAUAUCAGACUUGGACGAAAUGGACUUCUACAGACGGCAGACUUCGAGCGACGGAGAUCAUCAUGAAUACGGUAAAAAUGACAAAAGGCAGAUCGCCAGCAAGUUGAAUUCCAGCGUUGGUAAGGACGGUUACGAUACGUGGGACUUUGUGUACAGAAAUCUCGAGAGUUUAGGCUAUUAUAAGGAUCUUGACGAUCGGGACGAUGUAUUGCAAUAUAAGAAGGAGCUGGAUCCCAUCCGCAUGUCCAAACACAAGACGUUUAGACAAACGGAGAACGAAGACAAAUAUAGCGCGCAUAGAUUCGAAAAAAGAAGAACUAACAGUAGGACCGAAGCGAAUGAGAUUGACUCGUCCGAGAUAAAUGGGAGUCAUCAGGACAUUCUGCCCUUCAAGAAGAAAUCCUCAUCCUUCGACUUGUCAGACUCGAAUAGAUACAGUACUGAAACAUAUAACAGAGACAAAAGACAUAACAGUCAAACUCUACCGAUUCCGCGUACGCACAAAUCUUCGGAUCAGAUAGCGAAAAUUGCGGAUUCGCUGAAGAAUCUUGAUGUCGCGCGGUUAAGCAAAGGAGAGAAUGAAGAGGAAAAGGCAGAGAAUAAAAAGAGAUGGAAUUGCGCAACGUGCACGUAUCUGAAUAUGCCCGAUCGAGAUAUUUGUGAAAUGUGCGCCAAAUCGAGAUGCAAAGGGAAUGAAGAUAAACCGCUCGCCAGUGGUGGUAAGGAAUGUCCGCAAUGCACGCUAGUGAAUGAAAAGAUGUUUCUAUCUGUGAUGCUUGCCAUACCAGUCUGAAGGAUUCUCCGACAUACAUAUAAACAGACUGAGAGAGAGAGAAAUGACUCUUCGUGAAAGAGGAAAGGAGUUCUCGCACAUUUCUCCCAAAGGUUUGCACAAAGGUAUUGCGUGUAAGAUAUAGAAUCUUUGAACAAAUAAGUUGUACGUGAAUCUUUUUCAACGACCUAAAAUGAGAAACAUGAAUACAGAAAACUUAGAGGCAUACAAUAUAUAUUAAUAACGUAUAUAAAGAAGAGAAAGCUCUAUUUCUUUAAAAUUUAUCUCACGCAGGAUAAGGGAGCUUGUAAUAAACUUUCUUAGCAUUAUUAAUAUUAUUAUGUUGUGUUAUGUGGCCUAUUAAAUGAGUAUUGAGUAGGCAUUGAAAUCGCGUGCAUCACUAUCAUUAGUACUAUUAUAGCAUUCGACGAGACUUAUCAUUAAACAAUAAAAUUUAAUCAGAUAUUAGGCCAAAGCUCAUAAAACUAUAUCACUGAGAUUAAUUAAGAAAUGCGCAAAACGCUGGAAUGUUACUUAUUAAAAAAAUAUGUUUGCUUCUUAUAUGCAUAUAUAAGAAUUAUAUAAUUCUAAUAAUAUAAUAUUUUGUGCAAUUUAUUUCUUAAAUUAAAUCGUCACAUUCGAGAUUUAAGAUAAAUUUUAUUCUUUAUGAAUAGAUCAAUUCAAUAUAAUUAAUUUUUAAAAAAGAGCUUUGAAAUGAAUUGAAAAAUUAGGUAUACUGUUACUAUAAUAAAUAAAUUUUAUAUAGCUACUAUGCAACCAACAAAAUUAUUUGAAGUUCAUCAUGCUUAAGAGAAAGAGAGAGAAUUUUUUUACGGUAUGCAAAUGGUAGUCUAUACAAUGUUAUAAACUAAAGGAUUGUUUUUUGACAAUAUCGCUAAAAGCAAAUUUGACAAAAUACAAAAAAAAAAGAAGAUAGAAGAAAAAAAAAAGAUGUUAGAUUCCGCGCUCUUUAUCCUCUCCCUUCUUCCCAGAAUGUACUAUGUAUAAAAUUAUUGCACUAUUAGUUGCGGAUUGUUGUUAUAAUAAUAAUACAAAUGUUGCGCUAUAUUAUCACAAGAAAAGAUUAUAAAUGUAACGAGGAUAUAAAAUAUGAUAGAAAAAAAUGUGUGAAUCCUAUACUAUAAUUUGAUGAAACUUUAUAGUAUCUAUAUCUGUAUUAAAACUAAAUGGAAGUAGCUAUCUAUUUAUUUAAAAACAGUUAUCACACAAAUAUUUAUUUAUACAUUCCUUAUUCAUUGAAUCGUUAAAAAAUGCGAUCUACUUAUUCUAAAUAUCUUUUGGUAACAUAUUAUUGCAGCAUAUGUUUUACCCUUUAUUUAAGCUUGUUUUAGAGAUAUGUACUAUUGUUGAAGAUAUAUAAUUUUAUAUGUAAGAUAUGUAUGUGCAAAAUGCUGUGUUUUCACAGUUUAUCAAUGUUGCAUAAAACGAUAUUAUGUACGUAUAUACAUAGUCAAUUAGCUUAAUGUAAAAUGUUUUGAGAGAUAAUGGAAUUUCGCUCAACAGAGAAUCUAUAACAAUGCUUGUGCUACUGUACUUUAAUUUAUAUAAAAUUUUUAUUGUGUGACU